AGUAAAUUAUCAAAAUCGCAUAACUUCAGCUGCAAAUAUUGCAAACAAUGUGCAUAUAAUGGAUAUUUACUGAGCACAUUAAGUGUAAAACAAGUUGUGUAUAAAUACUAGUCCGUAGAAAAAUGUAUGUAUACAUUUUAAGUGCAAUGUGAAGAAGAGUCGGUUCGGUGAUACAAAAUGACUAAAUACAUAAGUUUGAUUAGCGGUGAUUCGCGCAAUUCAAAGGAGCACAUCCUGAAUGGCCUGACUUAUAUGCUAUUGGCAAUAGUUGCAAUCUGUGCAAUUUUAUUGUUGUGUGAUGUGUCCAGCCGUCGCGAUGGUUUCUUCUAUGCAAAAAAAGAUGCUGUGGCACUUGAUUUGUCGCUCUCCCACACACAGGAGGUGCUGCUGCAUCUGCAGCCAGAUGGCGAGUACCGUGAACGCAACGUAAACUGCACAUUUUGGGACUGUCUUAACAUUUAUAAAUGCGAACAUGACACGCUUAAGGUAUAUAUUUAUCCACUGCAAGAGUUUGUGGAUGAGAAGACCGACAAAGUGGCUAGCACGCUGUCUAGUGAAUACUUUCAAAUACUAGAAGCAGUGCUGCAUAGUCGCUACUAUACCUCCAACCCAAAUGAGGCGUGCUUGUUUUUGCCCAGCUUGGAUUUAUUGAAUCAGGAUGUAUUUGAUAAGCAGCUGGCAGCUGCUGCUUUGGCAUCGCUAGACUUUUGGGAUCGUGGUGAAAAUCAUCUUAUCUUCAACAUGCUACCAGGCAGCGCACCCAAUUAUAACAGCGUGCUCGACGUCAGUAUUGACAAUGCCUUGGUGCUGGGCGGCGGCUUUGACAGCUGGAGCUAUCGUGCAGGAUUUGACAUAUCCAUACCUGUGUGGAGUCCCAUGCUGCAGCAAAGUGGUUCCAACUCAGCCAAUCAAAUGGGUGCUCAUCGCAAGUAUCUGCUUGUUGUUGCUCAGCUGAAUUUGCUACCCCAGCAUUUGCGCUCCUUGCGUGAGGUAGCUAUUAACCAUGCUGACAAGAUGAUAAUACUUGGAGUCUGUGAGGACUCACAGUUAAAUGUGCGUUGCACUAAAGGACAUCAUCAGCGACGCGUGGAAUAUCCUCGCGCGCUAACACGCGGCAAGUUUUGUUUUGUGGGACGCAGUCUGCGCAUUGGUCAGCCUGAUCUGCUAGAGAUUAUGUCGCAAAGCUGCAUACCAGUGGUGGCCAUAGAUAACUAUGAGCUGCCCUUUAAGGAUGUCAUUGACUGGUCGCUGGCCGCAGUGCGUAUUAGAGAAACCGAACUGCAUGCUGUGCUACGCAAGCUGGAAUCCAUUUCGAAUGUCAAAGUAGUGGAGAUGCAAAAACAAGUGCAGUGGCUGUAUAACAACUACUUUAAGGAUUUGAAGAGCAUUACCAUUACAGCGUUGGAAAUACUAGAAAGUCGCAUCUUUCCGCUACGUGCGCGUAGCAGUCGUCAAUGGAAUACAAUGGGCAAAAAUAGUCAUGCAACCUACAAUCCAUUAUUUUUAUCUUCACUGGCGCCCAAGUCGCAAGGAUUCACAGCUGUUAUCCUCACAUACGAUCGUGUGGAAAGCCUGUUUCUCUUGAUACAGAAGCUAGCUGUGGUGCCAUCGCUGCAAAGCAUUUUAGUUGUAUGGAAUAAUCAAAAGAAAAUGCCUCCGCACUUAUCCACUUUCCCAAGCAUUGCCAAGCCCCUAAAGAUUAUACAAACACGCGAGAAUAAGCUCUCUAACAGAUUUUAUCCAUAUCCGGAAAUUGAAACUGAAGCGAUAUUAACUAUAGACGAUGAUAUUAUUAUGCUAACCACCGAUGAGCUGGAUUUCGGUUACGAAGUGUGGCGGGAAUUUCCAGAUCAUAUUGUUGGUUUUCCUAGUCGCAUACACGUUUGGGAUAAUGCUACGAUGCGUUGGCAUUACGAGUCCGAGUGGACAAAUCAAAUAUCCAUGGUGUUGACUGGCGCUGCGUUUCAUCACAAAUACUGGAGUCAUAUGUAUACCUACGCCAUGCCUGGCAAAAUCAAGCAUUGGGUGGACGAGCAUAUGAACUGUGAGGACAUUGCCAUGAAUUUUCUGGUGGCGAAUAUAACGAAUAAUCCGCCCAUUAAAGUGACGCCGCGUAAGAAAUUCAAAUGCCCCGAGUGUACCAACACUGAAAUGCUCUCAGCCGAUCUAAAUCAUAUGCGCGAGCGCUCUGCAUGCAUAGACCGAUUUGCAAAGAUCUAUGGCCGCAUGCCCCUGCGCACGGUGGAAUUUAGAGCGGAUCCAGUGUUGUUUAGAGAUAAUUUCCCAGAGAAGUUAAAACGAUAUAAUGAUAUUGGCAGCUUGUAAGCAAAAAUCGGCAACGAGAAUUACCAAAGACUUAGUCAAAAAUGCGCUCAAAAGUGACGCAACUAGUAGAAGUAUAGCAUUACUUAAAGGAC